CCGUUUGUUACUGCUACACCAAAUCGUAAACAAUCACAACUGAUCCAACAUAACCACAAACGUCAUGGAUCUGACAGCUAAUGGUUUGGAACUGGUUCCGAUCCAUAAACGCCCAGAGCUUAUAUCACAAUGUUGCGAUAUGAUCAACGAGGAGUGGCCAAGGAGCGAGACGUAUCGCCUGAAGACCCUGGAGUCAUCCUGCGAUAAUCUUCCCACUUCUCUGGCCUUAGUGCAGGAGAAUAAUCUGGUUGUCGGACACUGCAAGCUCACGAAAUUACCCAGGAUUUCAGAGGCUUGUUACGCCGAAGUGGUGGUCAUCGACAAUAAACUGAGAGGAAAAGGUCUAGGAAGGAUUCUCAUGUUGGCCGUGGAGGAUUUCUGCAAAACUGUACUUCAAUUGAAGGGUAUCUUUCUGUCAACGAAAGGGCAGGAAGGCUUUUACGAGAAACUGGGGUACGAACGCUGUCCCCCGGUCACGAUCUACGGCGGCUUCGAAGCCUUCAACGAGCCCAUCAAGUCGAAGAGUUCCACCGCUUCUUUCGUUCCAUCGAGGACAGAUCUUCUGGAAGCCAGCACCAGCAGCGUAUGCUGCAACAAUUGCAGCAGAUCAUCGAAUUUGUUUAAUAUGCCGCUGGCGCCUCCUCCACCGCCGCCCCCGAUGCAUCCGACGCAAAACAAAACAGCAACUCCCACCAAAACAUUCAUGAAGAAGAUGUUCUAGUCAGAUCGUUUCAUAUUUAAAGAAGAGCGCAUUUAAUUUAUAAACCGUUGUACAAAACAAAUAUAAUAAAUA